GCGCAUUUAUUUUCGCACGUUAUAUAAUUAUAUGUGAAGGUGGAAAACAAGAGGCUUUCAGUUGUUUAGAGAACGAUUGUUGUUCCAUUGACUUUAGCAAAAUGGUGGUAACGGUGGAUUUCAUACUAUAUGCGUGUAAGCUUGGUUCGGAUUAUGCAUUCUAUUUAGACACCGGCAAAGAGAUGAAUAACGACAACAAGUUGAUCACAGAUUACUGUACUGAAAUUUGUGAGAAUAUCUCGAUUUGCAUUAAACUGAUUACAUUACCUGAAAUUGCGGAAGCAGACAGAGGCGUGGUAUUUGAUUGGUGUUUCGAUGGAACGGUUUAUGUGCAUGAUACCAUUCUAUAUGAGGAAGAUUAUAUUUGUUUGUAUUUCUCCGGUAAUAUGGUUGGUAUAGAUAAAAAGGUGCUUCCUUACCUUACAAGCUUAAAUAUCUGGUAA